ACUUGAUUCUCUUGUAAAUCUACUACAGUUAUGCCUGGAGGACCUGACGAGUGGCUAGAGACUAUACGACAAUGCCAAUAUUUGUCUGAGCCUGACAUCAAGAAGCUUUGUGAUAUGGUCAAGGAACUUUUAAUUGAGGAAUCAAACAUCCAGCCAGUGUCAUCACCUGUCACUGUGUGUGGUGAUAUUCACGGGCAGUUUUACGACCUUCUUGAGCUAUUUCGUGUUGGUGGGGAAAUGCCUUCAACCAGCUAUAUAUUCAUGGGUGAUUUUGUUGAUAGAGGAUACUAUAGUUUGGAGACAUUUUCAUUACUUCUUGCACUCAAAGCAAGGUAUCCAGACAAAAUAUCUUUACUGCGAGGCAACCACGAAAGUCGACAAAUCACUCAGGUUUAUGGAUUUUAUGAUGAGUGUCAAACAAAAUAUGGAAACGCCAAUGUCUGGAAAUAUUGCUGCUCCGUGUUCGACUAUUUAACUUUGGCAUCGAUUAUUGACGGGAGAGUUUUAUGUGUACAUGGAGGUCUUUCACCAGAUCUGCGAACACUUGAUCAAAUCCGAACCAUUCAGCGUGCACAAGAAAUUCCUCACGAGGGAGCAUUUUGUGAUCUCAUGUGGUCGGAUCCUGAAGAUAUUGAAUCAUGGGCAGUAAGUCCACGUGGUGCUGGCUGGCUAUUUGGUCGCAAGGUUACUUCAGAAUUUUGUCAUGUAAACGGCUUAAUUCUAAUUGCACGAGCUCAUCAGUUGGUGCAGGAGGGAUUUAAAUACAUGUUUCCGGAUGAGAAUUUAGUCACAGUUUGGUCUGCACCAAAUUAUUGUUACCGAUGUGGAAAUGUGGCAUCUAUCAUGACAGUAAACGAGUCACUGGACUUUGACGAAAGCUCAUUCAAGAUCUUCAGUGCCGUUCCUGAUAAUCAACGAGUUAUCCCCGCAAAACAGAAUACUCCAUAUUUCUUGUAGUUGAUGAUGACUAUUUCAUCACAUCUGCUAUCAAAUAAGCACUUUAAUAGUUUACUGGCUUUGUGUUUGCAUCUAAAGUUAUCUCUAAACUGAACAAUGAAAUAAAGUAUUUUUUGACGAGCUUUC